AUGAAGUACCUCGCCGCUUAUCUUCUUCUUACUGCUGGUGGUAAGGCCAACCCUGCUGCUGAGGAUAUCAAGUCCCUUUUGAGCUCUGUUGGUGUUGAAGCUGAAGACGAGCGCAUUUCCGCCUUGAUUGCUGCUCUCAAGGACAAGGAUGUCAACGAGGUUCUCGCUGAAGGCAAGGAGAAGCUUGCUUCCGUUCCUACUGGUGGUGCCGUUGCUGCUGGUGGUGCCGCUGCUGGUGGUGCUGCUGAGGAGGCCAAGGAAGAAGCCAAGGAAGAAGAGAAGGAAGAAUCUGAUGAGGAUAUGGGCUUCGGUCUCUUUGACUAA